UGCAGCUUCUGCGCAAUGCGCGUGGCGCGCUGCGCCGCAUGAUCUUGCGUAUCAGUGUUCGCCAGUGCCAUCCGGAAGGCACACAUCAGUUUAUGCGUUACGCGGGGAACAGCGCGAUAAUCGUAAUCCGUGCGAGAACCCGCGAGCAGUGGUGCGUCGUCUAUCGAGAGAAAAAAAAAGCAAGAAACGGAUCGCAGAUCGCGAGGACGACGGACGGUGUUGUUCGGUGACGAUAGGGUGGCUGGUGGUCGGCGGUCGCUCAGCGGCGGCGAUAGUGGUGGUUAGUGGUGGCGGCGGUGGUGGUGGUGGGUGCUCCGGGUUCCGCGAGUGUCCGCGAAAAACUAGUGCCGCGAGCCAUCAUGGCGAACCCACGGAAAUUCAGUGAAAAGAUCGCGCUGCUGAACCAGAAGGAGGCGCAGGACUCAGCCGCAUUCGAGGCGAUCAUGAAGGAGGUCUCGAACGUCACGAGCAGAGUGGCCUCGGCGAGCAGCUCGGUGGGUGCUAGUCCCACGGGAUCCGGCGUACCGGAGACCCCGCUGUCCGUCAAGAGUGCCGGCGCCAGUCCACCGCAGUCCAGCGGCAAGCAUCUGCACAUUAACCUGGGAAAUCAGUUCAGGGCGGGUGGCUCGCUGCCGAACGUUAACAACAAUGUCAAUUGCGGCAACGACGCGAAAGAGCACUCCUCGCCGCAUCCCGGCGCGAUCCACUCGAUCGACCUUAAGACGGCGCUCAGCAAUCUGGAGGAGAUGCAGCAUAAUGCCAUGUACCGUAGCGACAACAGAAGCCGAAGCAUGGGGGUGGGACCUAUGCGAUCUCGUCCGAUGGAAAAAAGGCACGACACGUCACCGUACAGCGGCGUGCCUUACCUGUCGCCACCGCCACCGGAUACUUGGCGAAGAACAAACUCGGACUCUGCUUUGCAUCAGAGCGCCAACGAGGCUUGCCAAUCAACCUCCGCCAUACCUCAUCGACGAGAUCAACACGCUAUGACUGGAAGUGGAAAUGACAACAGAGAUUCUCAUCAUAGUUUCAUCGAACGACCAAGAUCCUCCUGCGAAAUGCCUAGAGUGCCUGGGAUUAAUAUAUACCCGAGCUCGCAACCACCGGGACAGCAAAUACCUAUAGGCAACAACACAGGGUCGUUGCCCGACUUGAGCAACGUACACUUUCCGUCGCCACUCCACACUCCUCUGGACCAAGAGGAUCAUUCGAGUAGUACGCCGUUCAGCAAUAGUCCUCAAACGAGCAGUCCCACAAACCUGUCCAGUCCAACCAGCUUGGCACAAGCUGGUAGGCUCUCCUUUUCACAGGAUCCGUCAAGCGUCCAACAGGGUGUGGCACUGGAAAACAGCACAAGUACUUCGCAACAGGAUCUUCAGAGCUAUCCACAGCAACCGGCGCCGACGGCGACGUCUCACAGCCCGACUGCUGGCCAUUACAUUUAUCAACAACCGCACAGUCCUGUAUCGCAAAGUCCAAAAACGUCACAGCAUCAGCAACAGCAACAUCAGCAAUCGCAGCUCAAUUCGUUAGGAUCGUAUAGAUCCACGCAGUCGGUGAAUAGACCGUCGCCGCAAUCGUCACCUAGUCUAACCGUUCAAGGAAGUCCCUUAAGUUAUAGCAAUAAUCCAUCGGCGCCGCCUAGUCCUACAGGACAUCCGGGUCCACCCAACUUGACGUCCGAUCCUAUCGAUCAGAAUACUUAUUUCAUCAAUCAGGCGCAAGCGGCGGCCCUCCAACAGGAUUUCGAACAGUUUACAAUGGGACUGGAGUGGCCCAAAUUUGCGCAGCAGCUGAUGGAACUCGGUUGCACCUGGACCACGCAGAUAGAGAUGGACACGCCAGUGCAGACGAACACGAUUGGGACGUUUAUCGGGUCACCAAAUCAUACUACGAGUUACACGCAGAAUGACGUGAUUAAUGUCGGCGAAUUAGGCAGUGGAGACACGGGAUAUUUCAGCACGAGUCCACAAAUGGCGUAUCAACCUACGACGACGACGACCACUGCUACUCAGCAGCUAACACCGCAGACUCCAAAUACACCCACAAUCAUUCUCACAGACUUUUCUGGUGCGGAUGAUCUUACGAAUCCAGAAUUUGUGAAAGACCUCGGAACGGCAAUGAUGGGUGAUUUUGACCCAGAAAUGUUUCCAUCGGACGAUGCCCUCAGACAGGGCCUUGAUCCGAUCGAUGUGGAUGGUCUACAAAUGCUGGCUGACCCUACGAUGGUUAUAUCAGACUCCAGCGCCGAAGCCCACUUUAGAUUAGAUCGACUUUAAGAGAAGAAAUUUUACUCAUUUACCAACACUCGUGACGACUAUUGCGUAGGAUAAAAUAAAUUCUGUCCUGGUGUCAUGAUUAAUUCUUAAGACACUUUGACAUAUUGGGGUACCACUUCUUGGACACUGGCAGAUUUGCAGGGAAA